AUGACAUGUAGCCUAAUUUGAGAGAAAACUAUUUUACUUUAGUUUUGUAAAUGACUUAAUGAGCUUUGUACAGACUAAAUUAGUCAAUUAUAAAUGUAAUUAGCCUAACAGCCCAAAUGAUUAGGCCUAACUCCCACGUAGUUGUCAAAUCCGAACACCUACGACGAUGUUAUAUCUAUAAGGCUUAUAAAUUGGCUUGUUGUCAGCAUGUUAUGUGUAGGCCUAUUUCAUUCUCAUCAGGUAAACAGGAACUUGUGUUUUUUUUGUCCUUGAUACAGGAAGUUGAGAUGCGGUCGAGAAACGAUGCAGAAACCCUCUAGCGGUCCCGUGUUUACCCCCCUUCAAACAACGCGUCCCAAACAACACUUCCCAAAACAACCUCAUUUACCAGGUGAAGACAGGGGAACGAGAACAGUUUUGUCCUGCAGUAGGAUCUUUAGGCCUAUUCAGCGUUUCUGAAGAAAGCCACUCGCCAAGAAAGAGUAAAGAAUAGUCGUAAAUUAUGCUGAACAUAAUAAUGUUAACUACUAAUUGAUAAAUCUAUCAUGAUAAAGUGUUAUUUAUAGGGAUGCAUUGUGGAGGCACGCGCGAGAUGCGAGCCUCAGACGUAGGCAGACCGCUGAUCAGCGGUGUGCGUGAGGCUGCAGUCAUUCCGGCUGCAUCUGGUUACGUGCGUGUUUGAGGGUAUUUCUACUGCGUGCACGGUGAUGUGUUUCAGUUUGCAUGCGUCCAUCAUAAGGGAUAUGGGCGCUAGGGGGGUUAGGUCUCGCCUACAGAAAAAUGCGAAAUACAAACGCACGUGUAGUGGGUGGACCUUGCGUUCACGUGGCUCUGGCUAGCAGCACUGUGCAGCUGCAUCAUCCACAGCGCGAGCAUCCUACUCAGCAAGCAGAACAUCAUGGAAUCUGCAGAUGUGAUCCGGCUCAUCAUGCAAUACCUGAAGGAGAACAGGCUGUAUCGGACCCUGAGCGCCCUGCAGGAGGAGACCACCGUGUACCUCAACACCGUGGAGUCCAUCGACAGCUUCGUCCUGGACGUCACCCGGGGACACUGGGACGCCGUGCUCCUCGCCAUCCAGUCCCUCAAGCUGCCCCAGGACACGCUGGUGGACCUCUACGAGCAGGUGGUCUUGGAGCUGAUCGAGAUGAGGGAGGUGGGCGCGGCCCGGUCACUGAUGAAGCAGACAGAACCCAUGCUGCUGCUGAAGAGGAGCCAGCCGGGGAGGUUCAGACACCUGGAGGGCCUGUUGACAAGGGCCUUCUUCGACCCCCGGGAGGCGUAUCCGGGCGGCAGCGGGAAGGAUAAGCGGCGGCGAGCCAUCGCCCGGUCUUUGGUGAGGGAGGUCAGCGUGGUGCCCCCCUCCCGCCUCAUGGGGCUGCUGGAGCAGGUCGGAUCCCUGAAGCGGCAGAACCAGCUAGCCCUCCUGGCUCCAGGCGUCCCCGAUGGCUCCUCCACCCCCUCCCCCGGCAGCGGCGCAGAGAACGGCCCGGAAGAGGAGGAGAGCUGCCCAUCACGGCUCUACGGCCACAUUAAGUUUGGACAGCAGGCGCACGUGGAUUGUGCAUGUUUCUCCCCGGACGGGAGGUACUUAAUCACAGGCUCGGUGGAUGGCUUCAUCGAGGUGUGGAACUUCAGAACCAGGAAGAUCAGUCGGGAUCUGAAGUACCAGGCCCUGGAGAGCUUCAUGAGGAUGGACGCUGCGGUGCUCUGCCUCGGGUUCAGUGCCGACGAGGACCUCCUGGCCACCGGCGCACAGAAUGGCAACAUAAAGGUGUGGAAGAUCCACAGUGGGCUGUGUCUGCGCAGGUUUGAGCGGGCCCACUCCAAGGGGGUGACCUCUCUGAGCUUCUCUAAGGACAGCAGCCUCAUCCUCAGCUCCUCCUUGGACUGUUCCAUCAGGAUCCAUGAGAUGCGCUCCGGGAGGACGCUGAGGAGGCUGUGCGGUCACGCGUCCUUCGUGAACGACGUGUCCUUCACCGAGGACGGCCGCCACAUCCUCAGCGCCUCGUCCGACGCCACGGUCAAGAUCUGGAACACGAAGACGUCAGAAUGCCUCCACACUCUCACCGCACUGUCAGGCCCGGACACCCCGGUCUACAACGUCCUGCCCCUGCCCCGGCACCCUGAGCUCUUCGUGGCCUGCACCCACUCCAGCACCCUGCUGGUGCUGAACCUACAGGGUCAGACGGUGAGGACGCUGAGCUCCGGGCGGACCCAGGGAGGGGAGUUUGUGUGCUGCGCCGUGUCCCCGCGCGGGGGGUGGGUCUACUGCGUGGGGGAGGACCGCGUGCUCUGCUGCUUCCGGCUGGCUACGGGACGCCUGGAGAAGACCCUCACGGUCCAUGAGAAGGAUGUGAUUGGCAUUGUCCACCACCCUCAUCAGAACCUGAUCGCCACAUACAGCGAGGACGGGCAGCUCCGGCUGUGGACGCCAUAGGUCAUAGGUUGUCAUGGCUGUAGGGCUGCAAACAAGUAUAAUCUUUCUCUUCAUUUUCAACAAUCCAUUGUUUAUAUUCUUUGAGGUGAGGACUUUAUUCGUGUGGACAAGUUAUUCAUGAGGCCAAAAUAAUGACAAUUGACCAGAUCUCAAAGCGACAUCAUGAAUUUGCAAAGGCCACCGAGAAAAUUAUUGAAGCAUAAUUGAAUAACCAGAAAGGAGAAACUUUGGGGAUUUUAUCAAGUGAUAAAACAGGGAUUGUUUGGUAAUAAUAGAGCAAAACGGAGCAGAGAAAGGA